UUAUUUUUUUAAAAAAAACUUAUUUUAACAAUAUUAUUAUACUUAAUAGUAUUGUAAAUAUUUAAAAAAGUAAAACUUUUUUUUUUAAAUAUACAAAUCAAUAUUUUAUUCAAUAAAUAUUUUGAUAAUAUAAAACAAUAAUGUGGAAAAAUCAACUAACAAUUAUACUUGUAAUUGUAUUAACAAUGCAAUUUUCGAUGAGCUAUCAAGAUACAAAACCAAUCAAAUUUGAUUUGGUGGCUAUGAAUAAGCGAAACGGUUUCAAUGAUAUUAUAGCCAAAAAUAAACCCGGAUUGGAAUCAACGGGUAAAAUGUUUACCCAAUUUUUCGAUCGUUUAGGUAAAGUACCCGCCGAUGACCUAUUGUUUGCCAUUCGGGAUGAUUUUGCCGAAAUAAUCAGUGAUAUUGGCGACGAUAUCGAUGUAUUUGAAAAACGAUUUGCCCAGAAAGCACCGGCAGUUAGCGCGGCUAUGAAACUGGUCAGUCAAUUGUACAGACAAAUUGGCCAAACAAUACAUCAAACCAUUCAACCAUUAUUGGCGGGUAAGCAACGUCAGGGUAAGCCAUUGUUGGACAAACAUUUCGGACCGGUUACCUAUAAACUAUCGGAUAGUGUUGGCAAACAAUUGACAGCCCAGGAGGCGCCCAAACAAAUCGGUACAGUAUUUGUCGAAUUGUUUCAGCUGAUAGGUCGGGCAUUCAAUCAGUCCGUACAAUCAGUAUUGGACAGGACUAAAGUAUUGGGUACUAUACCCGUCAAGUACUUACCCAUACAAACGUUUACUAAAACAUUUGAAACAUUGAUCAACAAAAUUGUUGAUAUUUGUAAAAAUGUUUUAAAAUAAUAAUAAUAAUCGUAAUAAUAUUUUAUUUUUAAUCAGA